GAGCGCGUCCGCCCGGGCCCGCACUAUGGCACGGUUCGGCUUGCCCGCUCUUCUUUGCACCCUGGCCGUGCUUAGCGUGGCGCUGCUGGCUGCCGAGCUCAAGUCGAAAAGUUGCUCGGAAGUGCGACGUCUCUACGUGGCCAAAGGCUUCAACAAGAACGAUGCCCCGCUGCACGAGAUCAACGGUGAUCAUUUGAAGAUCUGUCCCCAGGGUUAUACCUGCUGCUCUGAAGAGAUGGAGGAGAAGUACAGCCUGCAAAGUAAAGAUGAUUUCAAAAGUGUGGUCACUGAACAGUGCAAUCAUUUGCAAGCCGUCUUCGCUUCCCGUUACAAGAAGUUUGAUGAAUUCUUCAAAGAACUACUAGAGAAUGCAGAGAAAUCCCUGAAUGAUAUGUUUGUGAAGACAUAUGGCCGCUUAUACAUGCAAAAUUCAGAGCUGUUUAAAGAUCUCUUCGUAGAGUUGAAGCGCUACUACGUGGUAGGAAACGUAAACCUGGAAGAGAUGCUUAAUGACUUCUGGGCUCGCCUCCUGGAGCGGAUGUUCCGCCUGGUGAACUCCCAGUACCACUUUACAGAUGAGUAUCUGGAAUGCGUGAGCAAGUAUACCGAGCAGCUGAAGCCUUUCGGAGAUGUCCCUCGGAAACUGAAGCUGCAGGUUACUCGCGCCUUCGUAGCAGCCCGUACUUUUGCUCAAGGCUUGGCAGUUGCAAGAGAUGUAGUGAGCAAAGUCUCUGUGGUAAACCCCACAGCGCAGUGUACCCAUGCCUUGCUGAAGAUGAUCUACUGUUCCCACUGCCGGGGUCUCGUGACAGUGAAGCCAUGUUACAACUACUGCUCUAACAUCAUGAGAGGCUGUUUGGCCAACCAGGGUGAUCUCGACUUCGAGUGGAACAAUUUCAUAGAUGCCAUGCUGAUGGUGGCGGAGAGACUAGAGGGUCCUUUCAACAUUGAGUCUGUCAUGGAUCCCAUCGAUGUGAAGAUUUCUGAUGCGAUUAUGAAUAUGCAAGAGAACAGUGUGCAAGUAUCCCAGAAGGUUUUCCAGGGAUGCGGUCCCCCCAAGCCCCUCCCAGCUGGACGCAUUUCCCGUUCCAUCUCUGAAAGUGCCUUCAGCACUCGCUUCCGCCCAUACCAUCCCGAGGAGCGCCCAACCACAGCGGCCGGCACGAGUUUGGACCGACUGGUUACUGAUGUCAAGGAGAAACUGAAACAGGCCAAGAAGUUCUGGUCCUCCCUCCCUAGCAACGUUUGCAAUGAUGAGAGGAUGGCCGCAGGCAACGGCAAUGAGGAGGACUGCUGGAAUGGGAAGGGCAAGAGCAGGUACCUGUUUGCAGUGACAGGAAAUGGAUUAGCCAACCAGGGCAAUAACCCUGAGGUCCAGGUUGAUACCGACAAACCGGAUAUACUGAUCCUUCGUCAAAUCAUGGCUCUUCGGGUUAUGACCAGUAAAAUGAAGAACGCUUAUAAUGGGAAUGAUGUGGACUUCUUUGAUAUCAGCGAUGAAAGUAGCGGAGAAGGAAGCGGAAGUGGGUGUGAGUAUCAGCAGUGCCCCUCAGAGUUCGAGUACAAUGCCACUGACCAUGCCGGGAAGAGUGCCAAUGACAAAGCCGACAGUGCUGGCGCCCGUGCUGCAGCACAGCCCUACCUCCUCGCUGUCUUCUGCAUCCUGUUCCUGGUUAUGCAGAGAGAGUGGAGAUAAUUCUCAAACUUUGGAGAAGAAAAUGUUCAUCAUCAGAAAGUUAAAAGGCACCGGUUAUCACUUUUAUACCAUCCUAGUGACUUUGCUUUUUAAAUGAAUGGACAACAAUGUACAGUUUUUACUAUGUGGCCACUGGUUUAAAAAUGCUGACUUUGUUUUUUCAUUCAGUUUUGGGAGCAGAAGGGACCUGUACGUUCAGUUGGUUCCUACUCUUCCAGAAUCAUGUUAACGUGGCUAACAGUGUAGGUACAGAACUGUAGUUAGUUGUGCAUUUGUGACUUUAUCACUCUAUUGUUUGUUUUGUUUGUUUUUUCUCAUUUUGUUUGUGGGGUUUUUUUUCCAAUUAUGAUCUCACCUUGUUUCUUACAAGAAAACCAGGGUCCUUUCUUGGCAUGUAACAUGUACGUAUUUCUGAAAUAUUAAAUAGCUGUACAGAAGCAGGUUUUAUUUAUCAUGUUAUCCUAUUAAAAGAAAAAGUCCAACAAGCAGUAAAAUUGCCAUUUAUCCCCGUUAUUUUAGCUGCCUUAUCUGGAGAGAAGUAGAGGUGAUUUGGGAUCUUUAUUAUUAUUAAGUUAGGACAGAAUGUGAAGGCACAAGUGGGCUUCUGAGCCGCUUUUCAGAUCAUAGUCAAGCAUCAGUACAGAAGGUUAUACUUUAUUUAGAGCUGGUGGUUGGAAGAGACUGCAGGCUGCCUGUUUGGGUUGAGUUGAAUUACAUAAGCUAAAGUCACUUAUAGGUCCAUUUCUUGAACCCACUUAUAAAAUAUAGCCCAAGUAGACAAAGAUUCUUGAUACACGGUAGUCUCCUGUGAAAGAUAAAAGACAUUCAGAAUGUCCCAAUUAUCACAUGUUCACCCUUGGGUGAGAGAGGUUGCGUUUUUUGUAUUUUUUUUUUUUUUUAACCAGGUAAGCUAGCAUGCCACUGUAUGCCAGUUUUCAGGUCCACACUGACCCUCUUAACAUUUUUAUAUCAGUGGCAGCAAGAAGUGACCAACAGUUUGAUUUGGUCUGCCUUGUCAGAGUGAUCCAGAUUUUAAAGCCAGUCAUGUAAGAGAACUGUCUGGGAGCUAGCCAGAAGUGGGGUACAGCCUGGGCUCAGGGAAUAGCUGUCAACACUCGAGCAAAGUUUGAGUCUGUGCAUGUGUAUGUGCAGUUGUUUUGGAUGCCAGCUUUGUUUUAAGGGAGUAUCUAACUCGAGUCUCUAUCUUGCCUGGCCCGCUUUGAUCAGUAAAACAGAGGACUUGCAGUGGUUUGCAGCUGUGUGCUACUACCAGCCAAGGAAUCCCCUGGGGGGAGAACUAGGUGUCCAGAUUUUUUCAUGUGUUAUUUUUUAGGGGGGAGGGAUGGGAAUAGGUAGAGCUGAGAAGAUCACCUCUUAGCAGUCACCCUUAGCCACAUGGGCGAACUGGCAAAGGCCAUAUCUGUUGUCCCAGGCCAAAGACUGACAACUGUCUUGCCUCCUUAGGAGCUCUUUCCUUGUGUCCUUACCAAAUGACAGCUUGUAAAACUAUGAGAAUAUACCAGCUUACUUUAAACGGGGUUCCCAAAAGUCUUCAGACAGGAUGAAAAUUCUGCAAGUCUCUUCCUGCUCUAAAUAGCCAUUAAGAACCCAACCGAAUCUACAGAACCGAAAGCCCACAGAGAGGUUGUUUGUGUUUUUGUUCAAUCUUCAGUCGUAAGAGUAAUUCUCUAUUUUUAUAUUGAAGCAUAAUUACUUGAUAGCUCAGGGUCUACAUUUCAUUCAAUUUUUUACACCAAAUUCUGCAGAAUGGUCAAAAUAAAAUAUUGGGGGCUGUUGUAAACAGAGGCUUAAUUUUAUUAGAAGUAGCCAGUUAUUUAUUAAAGCAUGAUGUUAAUAAAAUAGGCGUAUUCUGGCUGG